CCCCUGCCGCCGCUAACACACCAGCAGCACGAUGCCGCCGCGAGGCUCAGCUCCAGACUACCGGAGUUCCGCCGUCUGCUGGAGAAGGCGGGCGAACUGCCAGAGUUGUCGGCGUGGCUGGCGCAGGCGGCGCCAGAGCAGUGCGUGCCCACACUAUGGGACACGGAGCCCAGUGCGCCUCCCGCCCCCCACUCCCUCGCUAUGUACCGCCUGCUACUCAUACAGGCGUUCCGUCCGGACCGCGUGAUAGCGGCAGCGACUCAGCUGGUGGGCGCGGUGCUGGGCGGCGGGUUCAUGGCGCGUGCCGAGACCGAGUUAGAGCUGGCCGCCAUCACCGACACGCAGCUCAACGCCACCACACCCGCGCUACUCUGCUCCGUGCCCGGAUACGACGCUAGCGGUCGUGUGGACGAUAUGGCGACCGAGCUGAACAAGCCUCUGUCGAGUAUCGCUAUCGGGUCCGCGGAGGGCUUCAACCAGGCCGAGCGCGCCAUCAACACCGCAUGCAAGACUGGACGUUGGGUAAUGCUGAAGAACGUGCAUCUAGCUCCAGUGUGGCUUGUACAACUGGAGAAGAAGUUGCACUCCCUGCAGCCGCAUCCCAACUUCCGGCUGUUCCUCACCACGGAGAUCAGUCCCAAGCUGCCAGUCAACCUGCUGCGCGCUGGCCGAGUGGUCGUUUUCGAACCUCCGCCCGGCAUACGCGCCAACCUGCUCAGAACAUUCGCCACUGUACCCGCAGCUCGUAUGAUGAAAGCUCCUUCAGAAAGAGCUCGCUUGUACUUCCUGUUAGCCUGGUUCCAUGGCAUCGUGCAGGAACGUUUGCGCUACGUGCCGUUGGGUUGGGCCAAGUACUACGAAUUCAACGAGUCGGACCUCCGCGUCGCCUGCGACACUCUCGACACAUGGAUAGACGCUACCGCUAUGGGUCGCACGAACCUGCCACCGGAGAAGGUGCCUUGGGAGGCUCUUGUGACGCUUCUGUCCCAAUGCAUCUACGGUGGGAAGAUCGACAACCUGUUCGACCAGCGUCUUCUUCACUCAUUCCUCUGCAAACUCUUCACGCCAAAGUCCUUCGAGGCGGACUUCGCGCUAGUUGCCAACGUCGAUGGGGCUACUGGCAACCAGCGUCACAUCACGAUGCCGGACGGCAACCGGCGUGACCACUUCCUCAAGUGGAUCGAAGACCUCUCCGAUAGACAAACGCCCUCGUGGCUUGGACUGCCCAACAAUGCUGAGAAGGUGUUGCUAACAACUCAAGGCAGCGACUUGGUCUCCAAGUUAUUGAAGAUGCAGCAACUGGAGGACGAGGAGGAGCUCGCUUACAACGCCGCGCAAGACGAUCCUAAUGCUAUAGUAGUUGUGGGCGACGGGCGGCCGGCGUGGAUGAAGACCCUGCACCAGACAGCCACCGCUUGGCUACAACUUUUGCCAAAGGAACUGCCGACGUUGCGUCGCACGGUGGAGAACAUCAAGGAUCCGCUGUACCGGUUCUUCGAGCGCGAGGUGGCGGCCGGCGCGGCGCUGCUGCAGCAGGUGCUGCAUGACCUGCGUGCCGUCAUCUCCAUCUGCCAGGUAAUACACGACCACUCCUUGUCUGAUGCUACCUUGAAUAUGUUCUGAAUUUAGACGAUAUGU